AUGAUCAUAACAUUACAUUGCCAUAACAUUGUAGAAAUGUUUAGCAACGGUUGUAUGAUGUCUAUUUUUUUGUAUCUGGUAAAAUUUUAUAUUUUUUGUCAGGGAAUGAAAAUAUUUAGCAGGUAUAAAAAUAAUUCUAAUGGGAACUAUAUUCGGAGGAUCUCAUCUCAAGUGGAAAAGAAAUGGUUACAGUUGUUUCAAGAUGAACAUAUUGAAGCUGCUCAUGUAUCUAUCAAAGAAUUGAAACUGUUUGCACAAAAAAAUUUAAAGAAUGCUGAUGUCAAUCAAGAGUUUGCCUUGGCAUGUAAACGAAGGCUAAACAGGGAGCCUCUUCAAUACAUCAUUGGAGAAUGGGAUUUCCGACAUUUAAAUUUAAAAAUGAAAAAACCAGUGUUCAUACCAAGACCAGAGACGGAGUCACUUGUUGAUUUAGUCAACACAAAUGUAAAAGAAGGAUUUCUAACGAACCAACAUGUAUUGGAAGUAGGGUGUGGAAGUGGAGCCUUGUCGUUGUCUUUGUUGCACGAAAAUCGAAAUAUGAGAUGUGUUGCAGUAGAUCAACUAAAAGAUGCAGUUAACUUGACACUUGAGAAUGCUGAUAGAUGUGGACUGUCCGAUAGAAUCAAAGUAUUUCACGCAGACAUCAGAUCAACGAAAGAAACGAAAUCAUAAACACAAAACAGCAAAAAAGAUCAUCAAGAUGAAUUUCUGGAAUCGAGCAGCAGCAUUGCUUGAAAGUCAGUUUACUGAAGACACUUUUAAGAACUCAACUGUAAAUGCUGUUCAAGAACUCGUCUUGUCAAUGCUGCCACAAGAUAAAGAUAAGCAGAUGAAAAAAAU